UGAACCGUUACCACAACAUCACCAUCUCCAACUGACAAUAGAGACCCGUUGAGUUCGAGUAUUCUAGAGAAAUUCGCUGGUUCUCUCUCUGUCUCACUGAAUAUAAGUGAAGACAUACACAUGUAUUCCAUCCAUUCGUUCCUAACGAGGGACUCAGAAGGAUUAAUGAUUUGAGUGCAGGUACUGAGACGCAAAAAUCAUGAAUCCGACCACAACCAUUCACUGUGUCAUACUCGCUAUAUAGCAGACACCCUUCCUGGGUCUGGCUGUCUUCCCUUUUUGCUGGGAAACCUCACUUUCCUUUUUACCAACAUUCCUUUAACUUUAAUCGCGCUCUCCACCUACGAUUAUGGGAGGCCAUUUUUUAUUCUUGAUCUUCGUCUAUCUCGCUGCACAAGACUUCUUUCUGUGUGUAAAAUCAGCACCUGAUGCUCCAGCGAACUGCACCUCUCCGGCUAUCAGGGUGGAAUGGAACACGUUCACCAACGAGGAAAAAGCCGCAUAUUUUGAUGCCGAAUGGUGCCUCCUCAAAGCGCCUGCUCAAACGAGCAUACCUAGCGUUACUUCCCGUUAUGAAGACCUUGUCGGCGUUCACUCCGAGCAGAGCAACAUUUAUGCGGAUACUGAUACUUGGCAUAUGACUGGGCAAUUCCUCGCCGUCCACCGCUACUACCUUUAUACCCACGAGACACUUCUCCGAAAAGAAUGCGGAUACACCGGUCUGAUUCCAUACUGGAACGAAGUCCCAGACGCUGGGUCAUUCGCCAAUGCGAGCACCAUUCUUGACUUUGGUGGUGAAGGCGCCGCACAGUCGAAUUAUGCUGUUCUAAGCGGUCCUUUUGCCAAUCUCACCUCUCACCUCGGACCUGGGGCUAAGAACACGAACCAUCUCUUGACUCGCCAGUUGGACGCAGAGAGUUCAGAGUAUGCUGGGCAGUCUUAUGUGGACGCUGUGAACAACAAGACUGCCUUUGCUCAUUUUCAGAAGAAUUUGUUCAAUACGCUGCAUGACGCUGGUCAUGCUGGUAUUGGAGGAGAUAUGCUCAAUAUCAUGACGUCGCCAAAUGAUCCGAUUUUCUGGUUGCAUCAUGCUUAUCUGGACUACGUCUGGUGGAAAUGGCAAGGAGAUGAUCAAUCGAGGAUCCAUGAUCUCACAGAUGCGGGGUAUGAAACGCAAGGUGAACCUCCCACUGGCUAUGUGGAAACCAACGAGGGCACGGUUCUAUCCGUAUACGGUAUUUUGCCAAAUGUAACGGUUGGGGACGUUUUGUAUACGAAAGGCGGAUACCUGUGUUACAUAUACGUGUAAAACGCUCUGUUACACGCGUUCACUGUCUUAUACUAGGACUGGAGAAAUUUCACUAUCUCUCGCAUUUCCUGACUUAAAGUUUCGUUCGAAGAUCCGUGCUUUGGGAUCCCGAACGCUUCGGGAAUUCGCUGACUCGUUUGACAAGUGUCGAUCUAAGCACUGUUUAGUCUUCAGAUGGAUAUCAUUCAAAUCCUGAUGCCGUGGCUGACGAGUGGAGUCCGAUUCCAUGAGUUCCCAGGUCCACUGAUACAUUCCGAGUCGGGGUGAGUGAGCAAGUACUGACGAUUUGUGAAAUGGAAUUUGCGUCGGGUCCGACAGUGGCUAUUUUUUGAUUUUACCGACCGCCCUCCUGCUCCAUGCUUCUAACCAGCAGAUAGGAUCAGCAUCGGGCGAAUUAAUUAAGAG